AUGUCUUCGCAUAAUCGAGAGGCCUCCCGCGAUCGGGAGCUAGUCCUCCACAGGCAUCAAACCGUCCCCAUGUGGGACAGUUCUGACCCAGAGCGAGCACCACCACCACUGCCAUUGAACCCUGGCUCCACGAGCCCUCUCACGAAAUCAAAUGUCUCGCCCGGUAUCCAAGCAGUGGCUGCGAACUUUACAGAGAAGUUGCGCGAAAACUCGCCGAGUCCCUACACCACAAACCCUAUGACGCCCAAGUCACCAGAAAAGUCCCUCAUCAAGGGCCAAUUCCACAAGCGCAUGCAGUCUCUGCAAAACACAGACACCCGCUCAGAGUUCCUCAACUACCUCGAAAGCAGAUCACCCGAGCGAGCUUCGCGCGUAUCAUUCUCGGACCACAGCUCAAGGCAGCCCGAAAAGGCUGUCGUAAAGGCUGGAAGCCCCCCGGCAGACCAUGAGAACCAGGAGCACGAGACUCCAAAUUUGCUUAUCUCUAACCGCUACCUCUCCAGGCCGAUCUUCGGUGAAAGUACCCCUCCCUCUGCCACGAUGCUGGCUCUGCAGAACAUGCAAUUGCCGCCUGAGAAUGAGCCGCAAACACGAGCGACGGAGCCCGAGCCCUCUUCAGAGUCGAAACGCUCUCAUUCGUUUAGCCUCGAGGCGCUGUCUAGUCAGAUCCUCAGUCUUACAGACAUUGCCAGUGGCCUGCAACGAGAGAUGGCACAGCUGAGUCGAAGAAGCAAAGAUAACGCCACCGACCUGGUCAGCCUGAAAGCCGCCACUAAUGCGCGAGAUGAAGAUAUCCGAAAAAGCCUUCGUGACCUAUCCUCGAACUUAGCGUCCAAGUUCUUGGACGGUGAGGCUGCCACAAGGUGGGAUAUCAGUGCUCUCCUGGGUUCUGAAAGUGGUAUUAACCAGACGGAAUCGGAUAGUUCUCCGAACUCGAAGAAGAGUUACUCUGUCCCAAGAAUGCAGAGCCCCAGUCCUUUUAUUGCUGCCAUGGAACGCGAGUUUUGCGCUUCGCCCGGCCCCAUUUCUGACGGAUCCGCCAGUAUCGCCUUGCUAGAGAAGGUUCUGCGUGAGAUGGCCACAAAGGAAGGACAGGAGAAGUUGCUGGAGCUUGUGAACGAACUCAAGGCUCGACCGACGUCUGACGAUUCCAGCAAACACAUUGACACCACGAUGACGAAAAUGCUCGAAGAGAUCCUGAAUAUCGUGAAACAGGACUCGAGUAACAAGGCUCUGGUACGCUCGACAGCGAACCCGGAUAUAAACGCCGCCUCCACCAGGUCCCUCGACUCUGAACAAGUGUAUGCUCCCGAUAUGGACGUACUCCACUCAACCCAAACUCGCGCCGUCGAGCGUUCUGCAGGGCAGAAAGACCUACGCAUUACCGAAGAGAUGCUGGACAUCAUGAAGCGAGUGAGGAGCAGCGUCAUUGAAGGUGGUGGCAUGACAAACGAGGUGAAGGCUUUGGUACGGGAGCUCCGUGGUGAGGUCUUGGGAAUGGGCAGAAACCUGGCUCGAAAACUAGAAGACGUGGAGCUUACUCGCGCUAUCGAGCAUACGCCAAAAGCGCCUGGGACAGAAGAGAUCGCCCAUAUCAUUGAAGACAGCCUUCAGGAACUCCGUGGUCAACUGACCGCGAUAAUGAACGACAAUAAGCAACACUCCUCUGCGCUCACCGAAUUUAGGGCUGCAAUGGGUAGCGCCGAGCUCUACUCCAUCGUGAAGAAGGCACUAGAUCAUUAUGGCAUGUCUCAACCGGAUGGCGCUCGAAUGCAAAAGGAUGAUAUCCUAGAAGCAGUGAGAGAAGCCUGGGAGACCUAUAAACCCGAGAUCGAGCUGCAGAACUUUGGACUCGAGCGCGAUGAGAUUCUCGAAUGUCUUACGGAGGGCUUGAAAGCCUAUCAGCCACAGCACGAACAGGCUGCUACCUACGAACAAGUUCUUGCAGCCAUUCAGGCCGGAAUUCAACAGUUUGAGCUUCCUCCAUCGAUCACGAAAAAUGAGAUCGUCCACACUAUACAGGAAUGUCUUGAGGCAUCUCAGCCUCGGUCGUUUGAUGGCGAGCAGCUUGCUGCUGUGCGGGACGAAAUUGUUGACGCAGUCACGAAAUCUUUUGAAGCUUCUGAGCCUCGGACCCUCGACGGGGAGCAGCUCGCUGCUGUUCGAGACGAAAUCGUUGAUGGGGUGACCAGGUCUCUUGAGGCUUCUGAGCCUCGAACCCUCGAUGGGGAGCAGCUAGCUGCCGUCAGGGACGAUAUUGUUCACGCAAUCACGCAGUCCCUCGAAGCUCAGCCGCGAUCAAUCGACCAAGAGCAGUUGGCUGCUGUCCGGGAUGAGAUUAUCCAGGCAGUUAGUCAGUCUUUUGAAGCUUCCCAACCUCGAUCCUUUGACCAGGACCAGCUGGCUGCCGUCCGGGACGAGAUUCUCCAUGCAGUCACCGAAUCUAUGACUUCUCAAAGUGCCUUGACCAGGGAUAGCUUUGACUCGGGCCUUGGGCGGGACGAGAUCUUGAGUGCGGUGUCUGAUGGAAUUGAAGCGCACAUGCUCGCGGCCAAGGAGCUCGAGAAUCCACAAAUCACAAAAGACGACAUCGCCAACGUGAUCAAUGAAGCAUUUCUCUCUCAACAAUCGGCUCUUACUACCAAUGUUCAGCCACAAACUAUUUCUCGCGAUGACAUUCUUGCCGCUAUCGCCGAAGGACUUGAGAGUUCAAACUCUAUGCCUCGAGAGAUCGAACUCAACAAGGACGACCUGAUGGAAGCCAUUACUGCUGGCCUCGGCGAAGUAACAGCCAAUGCGAACCAGGGUCUAGGAGACCAGAUCCUCCAGCGACUCCAAGACCAGCUCGAUGGGCUGAGGGAGGAGCUGAAGCAGCCACCUUCCGAAAAGGAAACCGACACUGAGCAAAUCCUCAACACUAUCAAGGACAGUAUAGCCGUUGUGCGCCAAGACGUGGAAGGGUUUGCCGCGACUGCGUCAGAGGCAUCCGGGAAGCAUGAAAUCUUGGAUACCGUCAAGGAAGGAUUCCGUCUCCUUCAGGCCGAUCUGGAGCGAACAAUUACUGAGACUGCCAUUGCCCAUCGCUCUGGAGGCAACCCAGACACGCCCGAGCUCCUCGAUGCCAUGGAAAGGGAAUUCGAACAUUUGCGUCAAACCAUGAGCUCAUUACUCAUUCGGAGCAAUGUGUCGUCAGAAAAGGAGGAAAUCAUCGAUGCUAUCCGUGACAUGUCAGCGAACCAUACGCCGACAAUUGAUAGCGAAAGUAUCGCCAAGAUCAUCCAACAGGAGUUUGAAAACCACCGGGAAUCUCUCACUAUGAGCAUCGUGCCUUCGGAGCCGAAGGCCGAGGAAGAAGACACCAAGAAGGAAGAGAUCAGCAAAGAAGACAUUAUCGCUGCCGUUCAAGCAGCGCUGGAAGCCUUCUACGAGGAGAACAACCGGUCAAAGGACUAUGGAGAAAACUGCUUCUCCACAUCAGAGUUCACAGAUACAUUCCAUGAUGGCAUUGGUAUCGUUAGGGAAGACAUUGCAAAGCUCUUGGAGCGACCUGCUCCUGCUGGAUUUGACGCUUCUGAACUUCUCGAAACGCUCAAAGAGGGGCUUGGCAGCUUGAAGGCAGAAGUGGAAUUGCUACGACAAUCUCAGAAUGAGUCGGAGGAAAGCUCCACUUCUCGAGGACAGGAGUUGAUGCUUGCCAAUGAGUCGACCACCACGAAUACCGAUCUUGAGAACCUCAAAACUCUCAUUUCACAGAUUCAGGUCAAAGUCGAUGCUAUCGAAUCUGCUCCACGCGCCCCGGACCUCCCUGAGGAUCUCCUCAAGAAGGAGCACAUGGAUGAGAUUCUCCUCGGACUGAGCGACCUUCAGACCUCUGUAGCCGGGAUCGUCGCUCGCGAGAACCCUGCGGAGGAAACGUCACCAACGGCCAAGAAGGAGGACACCGAUGCCAUCGAAACAUUGCUCAGAAACACAAAGUCGCAGCUUGACGAGAUGAUCUUCCCCGCCCCGGAUGAGAUUGCUCGAGCAGAGCAAUUGGGAAGUCUCGAGGAGAUUGUCAAAGAGACAAAGGAUGUUGUGACUGAGCUUUACGGCCGCAUGGAUGCAGAAUGCCCGACCAAGGCUGAUAUCGGCACCCUGGAAACGCUCAUGAAGGAUAUGUGGAUCGCCCUCGAUGAGUCCAAAGGCAAAGAAGCCAAGGAAGAAGGCGAGACCGAUACUGAGAAACUGGUCAAGUCAGACUUGCAGACAGUCGAAGCUAUGAUUUUCGAGGUCAAAACUCAGAUUGACGAGCUAAAACUUCCCGAUGUCGAAACUCUUCCCACGAAAACUGAAAUUCAGGACAUCGCUGCUCUUAUGACCGAGUUCAAGGAGAAGGUCGAAGCUGACCACGAGCUGACUGGCCAAGGGUUCGAAGCACGAAAGAUCGAACACGCCGGCUUGGCCGAAAAGAUUGACGAAGCUAGGAGCGUCGUGGAAGGACUCGGCGAUGAGCUCAAAAGCAAACUCGAUGGGAGCCAUGAAGGACUAUCCGAGCUCAAGCAGCUGUUGGAGGGCCUCGCAACCUCUGCGGAGAGCUUCACCACCGUCGAAAAUGUCAAUGAGCUUACUGAGCUCAUCAAUCGCGAGUUUGAGCGUGCACGCGGUGAGCAGGAUGCGACCAAACUUGAGAAAGAGGAGCGAGACGCUGCUGUUCUUGUCAAGCACGAUGAGACCAAGGCAGCUAUUCUCGUUGAGCUUGGUGCAAAGAUCGAUGAGAAGGUGGGUGAAGUCAUGGCCAAAUAUGACGAGGCCCAGUCGGUGAUGGAGUCCAAGUUCUCUGAAGCAGCGGAGCGAGGGAGUGAGAAUCUAGAGGCAGUGACGAGUACGAGAGCCCUGGCUGAAGACAUCAAGCUCGUCAUUGGCUCCAUGGGCGACACUGUCAACGAAGCAUGCGAGAAGAUGAGCGCUGAUGCAAAGACCUUCUUCGAGAAAGUCGACGUUUCUUACAACAAAAUGGAGGAAAUGCACAACGAAGUCAAAUCACAGCAGGAGCUGGCUCGGUCUGAUGUUGAGCGAGCUGCCGCUACCACUGAACGUGUCGAAGCCAAGCUGCAUGAAUUCCACCCUCAGGUCUUGGAGUCCAUCCAAGAAAUCCUCUCCAUCGUCGGCCAGCAUUACAACCACUCCCAGAAAACCGCGCAAGACAUCAAGAUGGAUCUUGCCGUGCUUCCUAGUGCCACUGAAAAGAUGCUGGCACUCCCAGCCCCAGAACCGGAGAAAUAUGACGACAGCCAGGUCCACGAGAAACUCAACAAUCUCUUGGAACAUACCAAGGGUACUCAAGUGCAGGAUGCGCUCAAUGUUCUCAUCGAGCGGGUUACCAAUGACCAAGUGCACGAAAAGCUCGAUCAGCUGCUCAACCAGACUUCAAGCACCAAUGGACAGGUGUACGAGAAGCUGAAUGAGCUACUCGACCAAGCCACGAGCUCCCAGGGCCCCAUACACGAGAAACUCGACACUCUCAUUGAUCAUGCUACGAACACAGAGCACUCUGUUAACCAGAUGAUGAAGCUCGAUGAAAUGCACAAGGAUAUCAUGGAGACGUCCCGCAAGAUGAACGAGAUGCUCGUGGCUCAAUCCGCCCUUGUGGCGGACGAGAAUGAACGCAGGCGCAAGGAGGCGGAAGAAGCUGCCGUGGCUCUUGAGCGACGAACUGCCCAAAGAGAGCAGAUCGAGGCAGAGAUUCUUAACCUCAAGGACGAAAAGGACUCGCUGCUGUCAAUGAUUCAGAGACUCAAGUCUGAAAAGGAUGAGCUUGCGGCCCAGAACGCCAAGCUCAACAAGGAAGUCUCUGGUCUGGAGAUGGCCCUCGAAUUGCGGCACGAGGAGAUGCAGGUCAUGGAAGAGCGCGCCGAUUCCCUGGAGAAACGAAUCUUGGAAGGAGUACUUGACCAUGCUCGCACCGUUCUUCUCAACCGCCCCAACAGUGCCCAAGGCCUGGCCAUGAAGAGGGUUCGCAACGCCCGUGCCCGCAACAUGAGCGCUUCGAGUACUGCAAGCACAAGUACAGCCAAAGACACUCGAAGCAUCCUGGGCAGCAGCGUUGGCCUGGCACUGAAGAAGCGUGCCUCGCAAGCUGGUUCCACCAACGCACCAGCAGCGAGCAAGGAAAGGAGAAUCCUCAGCCUUAGUCACGUUACAGGGAACCGUGGGCUCGCCGACAGGCAAUCAGGCGCAACCGGCGGCCUCACGAACCUGAAGCGAAGUCAAUCAGUCAAGUCCAACUUCUCCUACCGCAAGGCGUCAUGGGGAGGCAGAAGUUCAGUGGCCAACAAGGAAAACGAAGUGUUUGCGGAGGAAGAGGAGAACCAGAGUGGAGAAGAGAGCGACACCGGUACGGAGCGAAGGACUAGCUACACAGGAACCUACGCGGACAGCAUGACUUACGGCCCAGGGAGCGUCAUCUCCACGAACCGGCAAGUGAGUAACGCCAGCGCUGCCAGCACCAUGAGUGGGCUUGUCCAAGAAUCCGUGGUGAAUGAUGUCGACAAGGAGGGCGAAGCAGAGGAGAAGGCCGAGAACGAGCCCUUGGAGGCUGAAGAGGCUCAAGAAGCGAAGACAGCCGACCUUGUCGACGAUCCAAAAUCGCUUGAAGCGCUCUUGGACGAAGAGUCAUCAAAGAUGGUGCUGUAUGCACCACCCAGCGACAGCGGACUCGGCACAGAGAUCACGAGCACAGUGGGCUGA